UAAAAACAACAACUCCAGUCCUCCAGCAAACACCAACGAAGAAGAAGAGAACCGGAAGUGCUGGUGGUGUGACCCGGAGCGGUUCCUCUGUUCCUCUGGAGCCGGACUGUUCUGAUAGAACCUCUGCAUCCAGACAGGAGACCCGAGAGCUGCUCGAUGUGACUCUAGCAGCCGUCCAUCAUGAGUAACAGCCACCCUCUGCGUCCCCUGGCCUCCGUGUCGGAGAUCGACCACAUCCACCUGCUGUCGGAGCAGCUGGGAGCCCUGGUGCUCGGCGAGGAGUACAGCGAUGUUACCUUCAUCGUGGAGGGGAAGCGGUUCCCGGCGCACCGGGUCAUCCUGGCAGCUCGCUGUCACUACUUCAGGGCCCUGCUGUACGGUGGGAUGAAAGAGUCCCAGCCCCAGGCGGAGGUGUGUUUAGAGGAGACGCGGGCCGAAGCCUUCUCCAUGCUGCUACACUACUUGUACACGGGCCGGGCCAGCCUCAGCUCCGCCAGGGAGGAGGUGCUGCUGGACUUCCUGGGCCUGGCUCACCGCUACGGCCUCCAGCCGCUGGAGGACUCCACCUCCGAGUUCCUCCGCACCAUCCUGCACACCAACAACGUCUGCCUGGUGUUUGACGUGGCCAGUCUGUACUCUCUGAGCACGCUCAGUGCAGCCUGCUGUGCCUACAUGGACAGACACGGGCCUGAAGUGUUGAGUUCUGACGGCUUCCUCCUGCUCUCCAAGACCGCUCUGCUGACUGUGGUCAGGCGGGACUCGUUUGCCGCCAGUGAGAAGGAGAUCUUCCAGGCUUUGAGUCGUUGGUGCCGGCAGCACGAGGAAGGGGCCGACACACUGGAAGUGAUGGCAGCGGUGCGCCUGCCUCUCAUGACUCUGACGGAGAUGCUGAAUGUGGUGCGACCGUCCGGCCUGCUGAGCCCCGACGACCUGCUGGACGCCAUCAAGGCCCGCUCUGAGAGCCGCAACAUGGACCUCAACUACCGCGGCAUGCUCAUCCCGGAGGAGAACAUCGCCACCAUGAAGUACGGAGCUCAGGUGAUGAAAGGGGAGCUGAAGUCGGCGCUGCUGGACGGAGACACCCAGAACUACGACCUGGACCACGGCUUCUCCAGACAUCCCAUCGAGGAGGACGGCCGGGCCGGGAUCCAGGUCAAACUGGGCCAGUCGUCCAUCAUCAACCACGUCCGCCUGCUGCUGUGGGACAGAGACAGUCGGUCCUACUCCUACUACAUCGAGGUAUCGAUGGACGAGCUGGACUGGGUGCGUGUUGUGGACCAUUCAAAGUACCUCUGCCGCUCUUGGCAGGACCUGUUCUUCACACCGCGAGUUUGCAGGUACGUUCGCAUUGUGGGAACACACAACACCGUCAACAAGGUCUUCCACCUCGUGGCUUUUGAGUGCAUGUUCACCCACCGCUCAUUCACCCUGGAGAACGGCCUUCUGGUGCCCGGUGAGAACGUGGCGACCAUCGCAGCGUGUGCCAGCGUCAUCGAGGGCGUGAGCCGUAGCAGAAAUGCCUUGCUCAACGGCGACACGCGCAACUACGACUGGGACUCGGGCUAUACCUGCCAUCAGCUGGGCUCCGGAGCCAUCGUCAUCCAGCUGGCUCAGCCCUACUCCAUCGGAUCCCUGAGGCUGCUGCUGUGGGACUGUGACGAGCGCUCCUACAGUUACUACGUGGAAGUCUCCUCCAACCAGCAGCAGUGGACGAAGGUGGUCGACCGCACCCGGGUGGCCUGUCGGUCAUGGCAGACGUUGAAGUUUGAUAAGCAGCCGGCUUCCUUCAUCCGUAUCGUCGGGACUCACAACACUGCUAAUGAGGUGUUUCACUGUGUCCACUUCGAGUGUCCCGCCCAGCUGGACACGGAGGUCAACGAAGGCAGCCCGGGCCCGGACCCCCCCGACGGCGGCUCCACCUCCCCGCAGCCGCGACCCCAACGACCUUCACGCACACACAGCCUGCAGCCCUCCCAGCCCUCCCAGCCCUCCCAGCCCUCCUCCCCCCCCCUCAUCAUCGUCGUCUUCCUCCCAGCCCCCCCAUCCCCAUCUCUAAGAGGAGGCGUCCAGAGGAACGGAGACCCUCAGAAGGACAUUUUGCACAGCCGUCAUCUCCCAGAAUGCACUGCUACAGCGCUGCUAGAAGGGCGAUCGUCUCAUUGUGUCAUUACCCAUCAGCCAUCAGUGCAACAUUAGAGACGCGUCUGUCUGUAGCAGCAGCAGCAGCGUUCAGGCCUCCAGUCUUCCCGCUUCUGAAGCAGAAGGUUCAGUCUAACAUCCAGCGGCUCAUACAGGGUGCGAGGCUGAGACGCUGAGACGGGUCGGGGGGGGGGGGUAAUAUUUCCACCAGAGAUUUUAUCCUUAAACAAGCUAUUUUUUUAAGAAACCGUCUUAAAGGACACUUUUCAUACUUCAUACCAUCGAGCUCACGGAGGAACAGGCAAACGUAUUUUUCAAAAGUUUGGAAUCAAAUUCUUCAAA